ACACAUAUUUCUAUAGGAUUCAGUUUAAAAACUCUUAGUGGACAUGAGUAUUAGAAAAUUUUAUAGAGUGGGAAUUUGAGGAGCAGGGUUUAUGGGGAUGUGCAUGGUAGUGAAAUUGUAGAGCAUUGGGUAUUGAUUUUUGAGGGAUUCUCUCAAAGACAUAGUCUGUUGCCAGCUGUCUACCUAAAACAGUUGACUUGACUAAAGGCAUUUCUCUUCAGUGUCAAUGCAGCAACCUAUAGCUAUUUCCAUUAAGUCUUUCCUCUAAUUGUCUUCACUUUAAAACCAGCUGCAGAAUAAUCUUUAGCAAUUUGUCUUCAUGCAGGGAGGCAGCAGUAAUAAAGCAUGCCAAGAACAGAUUUCAGGACUUCUUAGAAGAAUCUGUGAAAUCAAUGAAGAGGCAUUGCAGGAGCAAAAUUGGCUUUGAUGGGAAAGAUGGGUAAAGUUUUGGUGAUGGCUGGUCCCUCCUCUCCCACCAGUUUGAAAGUACAGCGUUGUGCCACCAAAAGCAAACCCAUCUCAAGUCUCUGGGGAGGAGAGCCUGAAGUGGAAAUCAGUCACAACCUUAUAUAAUGGAAGAAAAGGUCAAAAGAUCUGGACCAGGAGAGGGGGGAAAAAAAAAAAAAAAAAAGGAUAUUUGGGAUUUUCAGAAAAUUCAGGCCUGCGCAGGACUAGGCAGCAGAAGCUCUUGGUAUCAGAACCUGAGCUCUGGUGACCCUGAUUUCUCAGAAAAUCCCAUUUUGGUAACUCACCUUCCUUUUUUAAACCUUGUCUCUCAGACAUACUAAUUCUGAAUGGGCUUGGGGUGGCUCUUGAAACCAGCUGAAGAAGGGUUACCAUGCUGAAAGCCUGUGUCUCUAACUGAAGACGUGAGUCUCAGUUCCUGUGGCUUCCUUUUCAAAGACUCGGUCUAACACAUCCUAAAUUAACUCACCAGGCAACAGAGUAUGAAAUCGGACAUGACCGAUCGAUCCUUGGGCAUUGAUUCAAAGCGAAACUAAUGGAAUGUAAAGAAAAUAGAUGAACUUGUGACCAUGGGGGACUGGAACCUGUUGGGCAGCAUCCUUGAAGAAGUGCACAUCCACUCCACCAUAGUUGGCAAAAUCUGGCUCACAAUCCUGUUCAUAUUCCGGAUGCUGGUGCUGGGAGUGGCUGCCGAAGAUGUCUGGGAUGAUGAGCAGUCUGAGUUCAUCUGCAACACAGAGCAACCCGGCUGCAGCAAUAUCUGUUAUGACAAGGCCUUCCCCAUCUCUUUGAUCAGAUACUGGGUACUGCAGAUCAUAUUUGUCUCUUCUCCAUCGCUAGUUUACAUGGGCCAUGCACUCUACAGGUUAAGGGCUCUCGAGAAAGAGCGACAGAAGAAGAAAGCCCACCUGCGGGCACAGCUAGAAGACCUGGAGCCCAUGCCUGAAGAACACAGGAAAGUGGAGAGAGAACUGCGUAAGCUAGAGGAACAGAAGAAAGUGAAUAAGGCACCCCUGAGAGGGUCCCUGCUGCGCACCUAUGUCCUACAUAUCCUGACCCGGUCCGUGGUUGAAGUGGGCUUUAUGAUAGGUCAGUAUCUUUUAUAUGGGUUUCACAUGCCCCCCCUUUAUAAAUGCACUCGCCCCCCUUGCCCUAACACAGUGGAUUGUUUUGUGUCCCGACCCACAGAGAAGACCAUCUUUAUGGUCUUCAUGAACAGCAUUGCUGCUGUCUCUCUGUUCCUCAACCUCCUAGAAAUCGCCCACCUGGGCCUCAAGAAGAUCAAGAAGAACCUCUACUGGAGGUCUCUGCAACCGGCGGGCCCCACCGAGGAGGAGGCCAGCCUCUACAACUCCAAGAAGAGCUCCGUGAUGCCGCCGGCCUGCCCGGCCAGUGACGCCUCUCCGCCGCGCCCCGCCACAGCCCCGCCGCCACCCGGCGCUCCCGCCACUGCCGCUUCCGCGGGGCCACCUGGGGUGCCACCGGGCCGCCAGCACCGCGGAGAGCUCCGCGGCGCGCCGCCGCCCCGCCGCCGGCACAGCGCGGGGCAGCACCACGGACAGCAGCCGCCGCCUCCGCCCUCGUCCAGCAGCGACGAGGCGCCGCGGGCCCCCACUGCGGCGGCGGCAGCCAGCCGGGCGCCCCGCAGGCACAGCCGGGGCAGCGGCUGCCGCGACCGCGAUGAGGAGCGCGGAGAGUCCCCGGACAGCGGGCACUGCCCGGGCACCCGCAACUCCAGCUUCCUCUCCCGCGUCCUCACCGGGAGCCUGGCGGGCAGCGACAACGAGAGCGCCGCCUCCCGCGGCAGCCCCGGCCCCGGCUCGGGCUCCGGCUCCGAGGGGAAGCGCCGAGAGGAGGACAGCCCGCCCAGCAGCCCUCCGCCGGCCGCCGCCAUGGGCCGCCGCGUGUCGAUGAGCAUGCUCCUAGAACUAUCGUCUAUCAUGAAAAAGUAAUGACAUUCUAAGGAGAAGAAAUAAAGAAAGGGAUUGAGCGCAAACUGCCUUCAGCAGAGAGAUAAAAAACAGGUUAUUUGUUGCUCUGUUCCCUUCUCCUGCCCCUAUAAUGUUAAAUUCAUAAUACAGUUUCAGAAAACAACCACUUUAUUCCUUCAUUUUGCACCAAUCCCAGCCAUACCAUACUCUAAUUGCUGGUGUUAAUGGGUAUCUCAUGCCACGACUCAAGAUUUUUCUCAUGUAGACUGAGCCAGAUCUGGCCAGUGUGUGCUACCACUGCAGAAAUAGCCUUGUCUCUUUGGGAGAACAUUUUGGGAUGUACAACUUGUUGUGCAUGAUAGUAGUGUUCAUAUCAGAAACCAGCCUGAUGCAUAGACCUUCAAGGUAGUGGAAGACCCAAAGCACUUACAAGAAAGGGUUAGUUUGAUUUGAAAGUAACCUGGAGGGCAGCGUGGCCUCUAUCUCCUCAGGCUUCAGCAGCUGAUGAAUAAAAGAUGGAAGAAACACUCAAGGAAUCUAAAGGGACCGAGAAUUUGAGAGAGAGAAAAAACAAGCUGAAGAAUAUGUUGCUGCUCGCCUGUGUGUGCUAAUGCAGUCGUCAAGCUCUGAUGGAGACUUUCCAUGCUAAUGUGGCCUCAUCAUAGCUAAUACUCUCUGCUUCAAAAUUGAAACUAAGUAAAAUUGGACAAUUUAUUUUAAUUGCAAAAUAUCUGUGCUUUUCAGUUUGCUGUUCAAGAAGAUCUGCAAGCUAUGACCUCAGGGUCAUGAAAAUCUUAUUCCCUUCACUGUCUCAUUAGCUCAUACAGAGGAACUGAAAGACAAGCAAAGCCCAAAAGACCUCAUUUUCAGUUUGCCAGGACAGACUAGCUCUGGAGGGUUGGAUUUCUGGGCUGUAUGCGGCCCAAGAAAGCAAUCUUUCCACUUGUGUUUUCAGAAAAUAAAGCACUUUGACUGUCCCUGACCCUAUUUCUGGCCACAUGCUUUUGGCUGCUUGUAUUUGUCAAGCUUAUCAUAGCUUACAUUUGCCAUCACCUCAACAGCAAGUGAUGCUUGGAACAAGCUCUUUUGCUAUGCCAGAUUCCCUAAGCACAAAAAUCCUCUUUGACUUGGCAUCUCUAAAGCAAGGCUAGCAGAAAGAGGGAAAAAGAGUCAAGCAUAAAGAUUGCAUGAGAUUACAGUGUUUUUCUUCUGGUGCACAUGAUUUACAUUUAUAUUCUGCCUCACUAUAAACUCACUGACAGUUUGCCUGUGCAUUUGUUUAGUAUUUUAAGGCAAAAAAAAAAAAAAAAGGGAAAUACUUCAGAUGGUGGC